UUCUUGCAUAUCUUCUAUUUAAAGGGUAUCCUCAAUAAGGAUAUUGGUGUUCACUGCGAUCCAAAUCUGCUACCACCACCAAACCAUGUGAUGGUGAAUCACCUCUACGCUCUCUCCAUUAAGGAUGGGGUGGUUGUACUGAGCGUAAUUACACGCUACCGACAGAAAUUUGUCUCCACCCUCUUCUACAAACCCAUAGCCAACUGA